AUGAUUAAUGCUAAACUUGUUACAUGUGAAUUAUGCCGAAAUUAUUAUGCUGAUCCUCGACAAAUCCCAUGUUCACAUUCAUUUUGUUUUGACUGUAUAUCAGGUCGUUUCGAUGAGGAAACAUUAACAUUAGUCUGUCCAAAAUGUGAAAAAUUUCAUCAAUAUAAUUCAUUCGAGGAAUUUCAUGAUCGAUGUAUGCGUGAUGGGUUUCUAUCAUCGAUGGUCGCUCAAUUUAAGAAAAGUCAAAGUCGAUUAUCAGCUAUACCAUCAGGAUUACUAUCACGACCAUCAUCAACAAUUUCACAUAUAUCACAAAUUUUUUCAUCCACACCUAUACCAUUAAUAACAAAACAAGAAAUUAAUUCAUAUAAUCAUGAUCAAUCAGGUUCAGAACGUUCUACAUCAUCAAUUAUUAAUCAACAAAGACCUGCUUCUGUUUUACAACAAACAACAACAUCAACAACAUCAACACCAACACCAACACCAACACGUUCACUUAUUGCUAAAUGUCAAACAUGUAAUAUACGAGGAGAAUUAAUUGUAUGUAAUCAUUGUGAUAAUGUUAUUUGUGUUAAAUGUGCUAACGAACAUCAAAGUAUUAUUAAUGACGAUAUUAAACAACAAUGGGAUUUAUGUAAAAUAAAAUUUGAAACAAUCAAUGAACAAUCAAUGCGUUUUGAUAGUGAUGAAGAGGAAGUUAAUAAUAAAGCACGUAAUUUACAAACAUAUAUUACUCAACAUAGUGAUAAAUUAAUUCAGACAGUAGAAGAUCGAAAGAAUAUGUAUAUUGAUAUUAUUGAAAAUCAUCUUCGAACUCAUAAACAAAGUUUUGCACAUGAACAAGUUGUUGACGAAUAUGAAUCAAUUGAUAAACGAGUUGGAGAAUUAUUUAGAUCUGCUGAUGUUAAUGCUGAUAAAAUUAAUGAUUUUUUAUUUGAAAUUGAACAUCUUGAAGGACGUUUAGAUAAUUUAAAUAAACUUCUUGAUUCCAAUGAAUUAAAAUUUCCAAUGCUUACCCUUCCAGAACAAAUCGAUGCAUCAUCAUUAUUUGGUACACUUGACUUUAUUCAAUUAAAUACUGAUAUAAAUAGAUCUGAUCCUUAUGUAUCCCAAACAACAAAUGGUUAUAAUGAUUUUCAAUUAAAAUCUGAAGAUGAAGAUUUUGUUUUUAUUAAUCCAUCAAAUAAUAAUAAUAAAAAUAAUUUAUUAAUUAAAAAUGAACAAAUACCCUUACCAUUAUCAACUACAAAUAUACAAAAGAAAAAACUAUGGCAAAUUGAUUAUUUUUCUGUUCCGUAUUAUGUUCGAACAUAUGGAAAUCAUUUAUUUGUUUGUGAUAAAUAUGGUUCAUUAGCUAUCUACAAAUUAAAUAAAGCAAAUGAUAUGCGUCAAAAGCCAAGUUUAUGUCGUGAAAUUAAAUUAUUUAAAGAUAAUCCUAGUACAACAACAAAUGAUGAAGAUCAAACAAUAAUUGAUUCAUUCGUUGUUUAUAAAUUAUGGAUAAUUGUAUUUAAACGUAAAAAAAAUGAAUUACAUGGUACUAUUUAUUUAUUUACACAUGAAGGUAAAUUAGUUGCAAAUGGUAAAUGUAUACAUAAUCAUCCAUCACGUGAAUUAACAAUUGAUACCGAAAAAAAUGUUCUUUGGUCAUUAGAUCAAAAACAACUUUGUUUAUAUUAUUAUGAAUUACCAGAUACAAAAACAAAUAAUCCUGAAGAACAUCUUCAAAAACGUCAUUUACAUGUACAAUUUUCCAAACCAUUUGCGCCAAUACAUAUAUCUGUGAAUAAAAAUGUUAUAGCCGUUCUAGAUAAAAAUCGACAAGCAAUACAUAUUUAUGAUAAACGAACAAAACAGGAAUUAUAUGAAUAUGUGAAUAUACAUAAUAAAUCGACACAUUUUUGUUGGGAUAUGGCAUUAUUUUCUGAUAAUAGUUUACUUAUUAAACUUGAUGAAAUGAGUACAUUAAAAACCGGCCCAUCAAAACAUAUUUAUUUUCAACUUGAUACAAGUGAACAACAUAAUAUUAUUGGAACAAUUGAAGAAAUUGAUGCAUAUGGAAUGAUGAUAGCACCUAUGGAUGAAAUUCUUAUUGGUGUUAGAAUAAAUACGAAAGGCAUUGUCAAAUGUUAUGUUUAA